UCAACAGACCCAACCUUUUUCACUCGGCGCAUGUGGCUCUUUGGACUAGGCUGGGAGCGAGUCUGUGUCUGUGUCCAAGUAAAGACUUUUGCAUUUUUAGUGGUAAAAGGCGGUAAUAGUGAUCAUGUUCCUCACAUCCGGACUCGUCUUUUUUGGCGUCGUCUAUUUUUCUCAAGCUGAGAACCCCUCUGAGAUGAACUGUAUGUGCUCUGGGGCCUCCCCAGCGGCUUCAGAAGUGAACAUAUACACAGAGCUGAGGGAGCUGCGGGCCUUGGUGGCGGAGCUGAGCUCUGCACUCAGCACCACCCAGGAUGAACUGAAAGCACAGACAGCGGCCGUAGAGGAGCUGAAGAGGGAGAACGCAGAGCGUCCAAAGGCGGCCUUCUCAGCUUCCUUGUUGUCCAGUGAAGAUAAACAUCAUGGGCCUUUUAACACUGAGACGAACCUGAUCUUUGGCAAAGUCCUCACAAACAUUGGUGAAGCUUACAAUCCUCUGACAGGAAUCUUCACGGCCCCGGUGAAAGGAGUCUAUUUCUUCAGAUUUUCGGGUUAUGGUUUCGCAGGCAAUGACAUGGGUCUGAGCAUAUUUAAAGGCAGCCAACGCAUGAUGUCUGCGUACGAACACAAAUCCACUGCAGAGAGAAAUGACAAUUCCUCCAAUGGGGUCACGCUGCUGUUGGAGGCUGGGGAGGUGGUCUACAUGCGUCUCUGGAUAAACACAUGGGUCUUCAUUGACAGACGUUAUGACUACUGCUCUUUCAGUGGCUUCCUCCUGUUUCCUAUGUAAUAAGCUCCCCCGGUCAUGUUUACCGACAUGUCAUUCGAACUUUAAAAAUUAUGAAAUUAAUUAGAUUGAAUAAAAAACUAUUUUCAAUUGGAAAUGGGGACUGACAGGAUAUUUAUGUCCUAUUGUUUAUAUAAAUAAUUACUGUGUACAUUGUGGGUUUAGUUCAUAAUUAUAAAAUUUCAAUAAAAAUUCUGAAGUGAUGAUAUUGUAGCGAAUUCGCUACAAUAUUAUCGGAUAUUAUAGGAUUUUUUUUUAGAAUUCUUUAUUUAAACUGUCAACAUACGUAAUGACAAAAGCAGACAACAGAAUCAAAUGAAUAAUAAAUAAAAUACAACAAUUAGCAGUGUCAAACAGAAAGAAAAAACAAAUCUAGGAUAGAAAGAAGAAAAAUGAAAAUGCGAGUAUAUGACACUUAAAAACAUUAAAGAUAUUGCAAACAUU